UCUCAAGUUUUGUUCUUCAUUUCAGUGUUUCCUGCCAUUGUACUCGCGGCUAGCAAUAACAAAAUCGUAUGUGAAUUUGAAACAAAACCACUCACAUGCCCAACCGGAACUACCAUACAGAUACGGACUGUGAAUUUUGGUAGGACGAAUUCCAUUGUGUGUAAAAAGCAUCUUACCAUUGACUGUUACUCCUCGGGACGCGUAACGGGAUUCGUAGCUCAGAGAUGUAACGGGAAAGAUUUAUGUCAAGUGUCCGCCGACACAGGGAUUCUGGGAGAAGACCCAUGUCCCAGCAUUCCCAAGUAUCUCGAUAUCCUGUGGGACUGCAAUCCUCUCCCGACGACAACCCCCGCAACAACUACCACGGUAUCCAUGACUACCGCAGCAUCCAACCAAAAUAACGGUCCGGAUGUUUGUCACGGGAACCUUGUUUCCGGUCCGCGUGGAGUUGCUGAUAGUCAAAUCACUGCUUCAUCCACUUACACCAAUAGCUCUAACGGUAAUUACGCCCCUUACCGGGGUCGGCUUUACAGUCCAAGUUUAAGCUACCAGAAUGGAACAUUCCUUAACGGCGGAUGGUCAGCCCAGUACAACGAUAAAAACCAGUACAUACAGGUUCAAUUUAAUUCCCAAAGUGUCAUUAGAGGCGUAGUUACUCAGGGUAGGAAUAUUGACGUCCAAUCACAGUGCUGCAAUGAACACGUGACUAAGUAUACUGUUGAAUACAGCGUCGAUGGAGUAAAUUUUGAUCCUGUAAAGGACUCAAAUGGAAAUAAAAUUGUCUUUAACGGAAAUACAGACCAGGAGUCGGAGGUAACAAACAUGUUUGGGUGUUCUGUCAUCGCUAAAUAUCUCAGGAUUCGUCCUGUUGCCUGGAACAACCACAUCUCAAUGCGAUUUGAAGUGUUAGGUUGCCCUACAAAAUCAGACCCGUAUGGUGUGUGUCCAAAAGGCUGGAAGGAACGGCCCGGAAGUGACACGUGUUAUUUGAUGACGACACGUAACGUAGAGACGUACAAUGACGCCCGACAGAUCUGUCGUCUGCAGCAGGGGGAUCUGUUGGUGGUGGACGAUACACAGGAAGCGGCGUGGGUGAAGCAAGAACUUGAUCAACUCAAAGCAACCUAUUUCCCGAAUUUCUUGUACCAAGUCUGGAUAGGAAUGUCUAAUGUUCCUCGUACCGAUUCUCAGAACUUUAAAUGGAUAAAUGGUGCUCCACUUGACACAAACAUAGUGCCUUGGAAAAAGGGCAUGCCUGAUAAUUAUGCCGGAAUGGAACACUGUGGAGAAUUCGUAAACUCUGAACUUAAUGACGUCGAUUGUAAUAUACCAAUAAAUUAUGUCUGUGAGAAGAAAAAAUAUUGGUCUUACCCUGGCCCCGCCACGACACAAACACCCCCUCCAUCAAGCAAAACUCUAAAUGGAGGUGGAUCUGGAAGCGGAAGUUCUGGUUCUGGAAGUACCGGAACAAGCAGCACAGGGAGUGGAACAGGAAGUGGAACCGGAAGUGGAAGUGGAACAGGAAGUGGGACUGGCACAGGAAGUGGAAGUAUUUCCGGAGGAAGUGGGAUAAAUAAUGGAGGAUACCCCGUCACCACACGUAAGAUAACGACGACUACACGUAGAACUGUACCAGUAACACAGCGCACGACGACAAGGAGUCAGUCAGGACAGUCGCAUUUUACAGGUGCGUGUCACGUGGAAUCGGAUUGUAUCAGGAUCGGUAUCGGGUACCACCAGUCGUGCCGAGGAUGUAACUUCUUCCUGAAGUGCCUACUCAGUGGUCCAGCGGUACAGCAGUGCCCUGCUGGUUACGUGUUCGAUAGCAACAUGCGCAUAUGUAUGACACAGUCAACGACGUGUUACUAAGAAUUUAAACACUU